AUGCCUCAACAGCCCAUUCACCGAGCUUGCUUACCAAGAAGCUCCGUAAGCGGUGCAGCACUGUCUCUCCAUGUGAUUGAAGGUCAAAAUGUGUCCGAUUUGCGACGACUAAGUGCUGUGACAUCGAGUUGCGAACUAAUGAAAAACCUGCUCCGAUGGCAACAUGUUGCACCUACCUGUCCGGAUACGGUAGACGGGUUUCCGUUCGACAAAAGGUGA